AAAGAAAGAAUUUCAAAACCAUUCUCCGAUUGGUCUCGCUCUGUAAAGCACCAUUUUUUUUUUUCCCUAUUCUUCUGAAUUUAGUUGCUGAAAAUUUGAAAAUAGAAAGAAAAAUGUAUGAGCAACAGCAUUUCGUAGACUUACAAGACAAUGGGAGUGGCUAUGGGGACCCAAACUCGUGGCUUUCCGGAGAAUCCAACUCGUCCCCGACUCACCACCGAACUCAGUCUUCACUCUCUGCCGUCGGCGCCGGCGCCGGGGUAGCAACGAACGCUAAUCUCGAUCGUGUACUCUUCAACGACCUAGUGGAGAUCGUUCCCCUCGUUCAAUCCCUCAUCGAUAGGAAAGCAAGCAGUUCGUUUACUCGUCGGGGUUCGAUGGUCUACACCAAGACGCCUUCAAGAGAAUCGCUAUCCAAAAAAAUAACUGAAGUAAAAGGGAGGAAUGCAGCACAAUCCAUUCCUGCAAGAAAGAAAAAGGAUCAUGGAGACAAGGAUCAAGGAAAGAAUGGAUGUAAUGACCAAGAUGCUGAGAACUUUUCAAUAUUUUCCUCAAGGGCUUUGGCAGCCGAUAAGGAUAGAGAAGAGUUGGAUGUGUUAAGGGGACAAGUGGAGGAUCUGCAAAGGAAGUUAUCUGAGAAAGAUGAACUCUUGAAAUCAGCCGAGGUUACAAAGAACCAAUUGAAUGCUGUUCAUGCCAAACUCAAUGAACUAAACCAUCAAGCGGGUGAAAAAGAUUCUUUAAUCAGAUCUACUCAGCAGCAACUUUCUGAUGCAAAGAUUAAGCUUGCAGACAAGCAAGCUGCAUUGGAGAAGAUACAGUGGGAAGCAAUGACGUCUGGCACGAAAGUGGAGAAGCUUCAGGAAGAGCUAAACUUGAUGCGGGGAGAGAUUUCAUCAUUUAUGAUGGUAUUUGAAGGCUUGAUGAAAACCAAUACCACUGUAUAUGCUGAAGAUUAUGAUGUCUUACCCUGUAAUUUGGAUCAUCUUCCUCCUAUUGAUGAUUUGGACGGCAUGGAGAUGCAGAAAAUGGAAGAAGCUAGGCAAGCUUAUAUUGCAGCAGUGGCAGCUGCAAAGAAAAAUCAAGAUGAAGAAUCUAUUGUUGCUGCUGCCAAAGCAAGGUUACAUCUUCAAUCAUUUGUUUUUAGAACAUAAAGUCAAGCUAGGUACAUUCCGCCAGCUCUUUUAUAGGCUUUUUACAUGCUGGUUUCUUUUUCAAUUGACGGGUUUCUUAUUGUAAUAUUAACCUUUUUUUUUUAAACACCUUUUUUGGGCUUCGUGAACCGUUGUUGAUUACAGUAUGAAACAUGAAUAUCACGUUCACUUUUCAGUGUUCCUAAC